ACUAUUGGUUCCCCAGACUCCGGGAGGUGGGACUCAGAGGCUGUGGCGCCCACAACCCUUAACAACAACAACAAUGGUAACUGAGGAGGUAAUAGAAGAAAAGGAGGAAAAAAAAGCUCCUGUAUUUAAAAACCCAGAAUUUCAGCACACUGCCUUCCGUAGCAGCAAAAAAAGGGGAUGGAGAAAUCUCAAGCAGAUCAUUUCCCUAGAAAGGACAUACACCUGGCCACAUGAUUGUGUUCAUUAUAGCAGUAUAGAUGCUCCUCCUGCCUUCACGCCUGCUAAAAAAUAUUCUGACGUUUCAGGGCUACCAGCUAAAUAUACUGAUCCUUUAACCAAACUUAGAUUUGCUGAUGCAUCAGAAUUCUACAGAGUUCGAGAUCUCCCAAUGGACAUUGUCAAUGGUCUCUUAGAACUCAGGAAGGCAAAUAGUAUUGUUGGAUAAAUCUACUACUAGUUUUAUUUUCAUAUUUAAAAUUUAAUAAAAUAUUUAGCAGUUUUUUCCUGCAUUUGUAAAAAUGUUUGCUUUAUAAAUACUGACAUUAUUUUCCAUUGCAAAUUUUACAUGAUCAUCUAGGUUAAUAAUUUGCUGGAGUACGAAUAUUAUAAUUAAUUGCAGAAACAUACCUGUACAUAGUACAAUUAGUAUGUUUAUGGAGAAGUGUUAAACCCAUGGGGGUUAUACAGUACUUGGGUUAUGAAGAAUAGGAGGCAUUUGGGUCUAAUUCAAAGUGGAGUGUAGCUCCAAAUUCCCUGAAUCAAGAGCCCUUCAGUGGCAUUAAGGCACUUUCAUUAAUAGGACAAUUACAGAAUAGAUGGGAAACAAGGGAUGAGACUAAUUUAUAUGCUAAGUGCAGUCAUUAUGCAUCCUCCAUUAUUAUUACAAUGAAAAUUAAGCACUAAACCCACAAGGGUCAUACAGCACUGCAGGACAGGAUGUGGUAAAGGUUAUUAUUAUUAUUAUUAUCAAAGAAAGUGUUAAACUGACAAAGGUCAUACAGCACUGCGUGGUAAAGAUGGAAUAUGUGAAGAUCAGAGACCAGUGAGGGUUAGGAAUAUGCAAGAAGCAGAGCCAGUAAGGGAAGUGAGAUUAUUAUAAUAAUCAAGGUGGAAGCGCUAAACCCAUAGGAUUAUACAGUGCUUGUGGGGGAGAUAUGGAAGGUAUUCAGGCUUAAUUCAGGGAACUGGAGCACAGAUCCAAUUCCCUAGAUUGAGCCCCCAUCACCAGCAUCAAGGAACCUUCCUUGAAGAGGUAGUGAGGAGAACCAAAGGAAAAAGUAUAAUCAAAUUAGGUGUAAUAAAGCUGUCACUGAAAAAAAAAAGUCAGCGAGUUUUUCAAUGGGCAACUGAGAACAAUAUAUGUUCAAUGAAGACAAAUUCCAACUACUCCAUUAUGGAAAACUGGAGGAAAUAAUAACUAGGACUAAGUAUACUACAAACUCCAAUCACACAAUAGAGCAGAAAAGUAAUGUGAAGGACCUGGGUGUGGUAAUGUCUGAAGACCUCACCUUCAAGGACCGCAACAAUGCCACUAUCACAUCUGCUAGGAAACUGACAGGAUGGAUAAUGAGAAUAUUCAGGACAAGAGAUGCUAAGCCAAUGAUGAUCCUUUUUAAAUCACUUAUUCUCUCUAGGCUGGAAUACUGCUGCAUAUUAACAUCCCCAUUCAAGGCAGGUGAAACUGCAGAACUAGAGAAUGUACAGAGAACCUUUACUGCACGUAUAAGUUCCAUCAAACACCUUAACUACUGGGAGCGCCUGGAAGCAUUUGACUUGUACUCACUAGAGCGCAGGCGAGAGAGAGAUAUCAUAAUCUACACUUGGAAGAUUCUGGAGGGACUGAUCCCUAAUAUGCACACAGCAAUCACCCCAUAUGAAAGCAAAAGACUUGGCUAGUGAUGCAACAUAUCCCCAGUGAAAAGUAGGGGCGUCACUGGUACACUAUGAGAAAACGCAAUAAGUGUCCGGGGCCGAAGACUGUUCAACAGCCUCCCACCAGCAAUAAGGGGCAUUACGGGAAGACCCCUGGUCGUCUUCAAGAGGGAACUGGACAGAUACCUAAAGACGGUGCCAGAUCAACCGGGCUGUGGUUCGUACGUUGGAUUGCGUGCGGCCAGCAGUAACAGCCUCGUUGAUCAGGCCCUGAUUCACUGGGAGGCCUGGUCGUGGACUGGGCCGUGGGGGCGCUGAUCCCCGGAAUGCCCUCCAGGUAGGUAGGGUGUGUGUGUCAUCAAAGGUGGUGUUGUCAGUAUGCAUCUUCUAAUAACUAUUAAUAUUCAGUGUUUUCUGUGAAGAUAGUCAUUUUAAAACUAUCAAAAGUUUGGAGGGACAUCUAAAUCCAAUGGUUUAGUGCUUUAUUUGAUGAUAAUAAUAACUGCUAAACCCAAAAGGGUCAUAUGGUACUGACCCUGUAUUAAAAUAAUUUUUUUCAUGGGAAAGUGUUAAACCCUAUAAAGGGUUGUAGAGUACCUGGGAAAUGCUGAGUAAUAAAGUUUGAUCAAAGGAAUAGGAGUGUGACUAGUUCCUUGUAAUAAGAGCACUUCAUCAAGGCCCUAACCUUGACAGGACAUUAAAGUAAAGACACCUUAAAGGUCAAUUUUCAUUCACUAAAACUGGAUCUUAGUACAAAAACCCCCUUAGGGAGAUUCCUUGAUACCAGUAAGGGGGUUUAUAAUCUAAAGAACUGGAAAUUACUUCCCCUGCCUUGGAUCAAACUUGUCUCCUAUUAUGUUAGGCAUUAUAUGAUGCCUUAGUGAUGUACUCGUUUACUGACGACUUGAACUCAUGACGGCCUCUCUGACCAGUAUGCAUACCUUAAUGAUGUAUAUUAGAGCUGAUUUCCUCUAUUCUGUUUAUUACACUAUACAGCACAAUAUGGUAUAAACAUUUAAAAAUACUAUACCAGAAAUGUUAUAAAUGGUGCAAAGGUGACAUUAAAACAAUAUCAAAGAUGGUCGACACAAACUACCAUUAUAGUAUGUUCCUUACUUAGCGACGAAUUCAUUUACCGAGGUGGUCUUAGGAAUGGAACUCCAUCGUUAUGUGAGGAGAGGCUGUAUUGGAUGGACAGUCCUUGAAGAGAUGCCAAUCAUUUCUCCAUGUGGUAUUUAAGAACAAGUCACAUGUCCAAUACGUAAGCACGAGGGUGCAGUCUCCCUAACCCGACAACAGAGGGUAGACGAUAACCAUAAUUGUAAAUGUGGCUUGAUAAAAAACAAUUGGACGUGGUCCAAAGCUGACCAUUGCUGUUGCAAACAGGUGGUGAGAGAGCACUGAUAAAUAGUCUUGAGUAAAGAAUACCCUUAUGGGAAACCAGAUCUUGCAUAGCUGACUGAACAGAUGAGUCUAUACAUGUAUGUUCAUUGCACUGAACACUGGCAUGUCCAGGGACCCAGCAAAGCAUGACUUCUUUGCACUUCAUAGAAAUGCAACUUAAUCAAAGCUGUAUUCGAUGAUGGGAUGAGGAGAAUUGAAUCUAUGGAUACGUUGUAAUACACUUUGGGAUGAAUGAAUAACAAGGCGGAUGCGGUCGCAAUGUGGAAGAUUGCAUACACUAACUCUGCUGUGAAAAUACUAGCCAAUUGUAAUAAAUGACCUCCAAUGACUUGUUCAGGAAAAACAGCUGUAUACCAAACACCUUCAUGGGAUUUGAAUCAUCAGUAUACAUUGCAAUAGCAUGAGAGUGACACUGGAAGUGAUCAAAUGAACAGUAAUUAACUUGCAAAGUUUAGUUCUUCAUCCUUCUACCAGCAGGCUCUGUACCAUAAAGCACAGGAGGUCCUUGAUUAAAGUUGCUAUGAAUAUAGUAAUUUUUAAGGUGGUCAGUUUUGCCUUUGGCACCAUUGUAUUUACCCAAAUAAUUUACCUUCUUGCUAUUUAGGGGCAAUUGUCAUAGUAUCUAAUCUUUUCUCAUAAAGAAAUAGUAGUGCCUAUGCAAAUCCUAGAUAAAAUAAAGAUUUAAUAAAUUUCAA